AGGAUGUGAGCUCACUCCCGCCUCCAUGUUCCUGGAGUCGCCUGAACGCGUCCGCCCGAGGUCGCGGGACGCUUGGGGAGUCAGCAGCGCGCCAGGCCCCUCCGGGCGCCACACGCAUUAGGUGCCUUCUUGAUGGGUACGGAAUGAAGGCGGGCGGUGGCUGGACCGAGUAGCCGCCGCGCCGCUCGUGCCCGCGCACGCCACACCCCAGCGCGCUUCCGGCCGGGCCACGUGAUCGCGCGCGCACGUGUUCCGGCCUCUCUGCGUCGCCGUUCGGAGCCUCCUCCUGGUCGCCCCGGCAUUGGUCCACCGGGAGCCGGCUUGGGCCGGGCCCGGGAGGCAGCGGCUAGGGGAGCCGCGGAGACGCGGGCGCUGAGCGUCGCGGGGAAGUAGGCCCGGGCCGGCAAGCGGCGGCCUCCGCCAUGAACCCCAGGGGCCUGUUCCAGGACUUCAACCCCAGUAAGUUCCUCAUCUAUACCUGCCUGCUGCUCUUCUCGGUGCUGCUGCCCCUCCGCCUGGACGGCAUCAUCCAGUGGAGCUACUGGGCCGUCUUUGCCCCCAUAUGGUUGUGGAAGCUUCUAGUCGUCGCAGGCGCCUCGGUGGGCGCGGGCGUUUGGGCCCGCAACCCUCGCUACCGUACCGAGGGAGAGGCCUGCGUGGAGUUCAAAGCCAUGCUGAUCGCUGUGGGCAUCCACCUGCUGCUGCUCAUGUUCGAAGUCCUGGUCUGUGACAGGGUGGAGAGGGGCACCCACUUCUGGCUGCUGGUCUUCAUGCCUCUCUUCUUCGUGUCCCCCGUGUCUGUGGCUGCCUGCGUCUGGGGCUUUCGACACGAUAGAUCGCUGGAGCUGGAGAUCCUGUGCUCGGUCAACAUCCUGCAGUUCAUCUUCAUCGCCCUAAAGCUGGACAGGAUUAUUCACUGGCCGUGGCUGGUGGUGUUUGUGCCCCUGUGGAUCCUCAUGUCGUUCCUUUGCUUGGUCGUUCUCUAUUACAUCGUCUGGUCCCUCCUGUUCCUGCGGUCCCUGGAUGUGGUUGCCGAGCAACGAAGAACGCAUGUGACCAUGGCCAUCAGCUGGAUAACGAUUGUCGUGCCCCUGCUCACUUUUGAGGUCCUGCUGGUGCACAGAUUGGAUGGGCACAAUACAUUCUCCUACAUCUCCAUAUUUGUACCCCUUUGGCUUUCCUUACUAACUUUAAUGGCCACAACAUUUAGGCGAAAGGGGGGCAAUCAUUGGUGGUUUGGCAUUCGCAGAGACUUCUGUCAGUUUCUGCUUGAAAUCUUCCCAUUUCUACGAGAAUAUGGAAAUAUUUCCUAUGAUCUCCAUCACGAAGAUAGUGAAGAUGCUGAAGAAACAUCAGUUCCAGAAGCUCCGAAAAUUGCUCCAAUAUUUGGAAAGAAGGCCAGAGUAGUUAUAACCCAGAGCCCUGGGAAGUACGUUCCCCCGCCUCCCAAGUUAAAUAUUGAUAUGCCAGAUUAAACUCCUAGAGAGGAGCCAGGCACACAUGGACUCCACCUUGCCUUUACCUCUUGUUCAUUCAUCCCAAACCUGGAAAUGGAAACAGGCUUCAAACACUGUCGUCUCACGCCCUGUUGAGGUCACUGCCUCAUCAGUAUGCAUCAUAGAUGGAGGUGGUUUUAGUAUGUGGGUGUGUGUGGUGUGUACCUGGGUAAGAGACCUGCUUGCCAGGUUCGCACUUUCAGGUGUAGCCAGGGGUAGUAAGUUGGAUUGUUUUAGUAGGCCCUCAAAAGGAGUAACUACACAGCUGUUUAAAGUGCUACUGUACCUAUCAAAAGUAUUGUUUAAAAAGUAUUUUUAUACACUGCUAAUCUAAAAUUGUAUUUCAGAUUGUGCCUGUUAUGACAUAGUAGCAAAUGUAAAGAGUUCUCUUUCCCACCACUUGUUUAUAAACCUCAUAGUUGAUAUUUUUAGUGUUCCUACUGUUAAAAUACCUUCUCCUUGGGCUUCGCUGAUACUGGUCUUUAAUAUUCUGAUAGGUGAAUUUUUCUAAUGGAAUGAACCCAUGCAUAUAUAGUAUUUAUAUGAAUAUUUUAGCAGUGUAAUAUGUUGAAUUCUAGUUCUCUGCAGUACAAUGUAUUAUGUUAAAGUAUUUUUUAAAGCUUACAUGUGAAGAUA